AGAGAGAGAAAAGAAAAGAAAAGAAAAAAAAAAAACCCAGGCUGGCGACCAAGGUGAACCCAGAACGGUUCCCACCUUAAAAUCGGCCCUACUCGUGACGUCAGGUCGGAAAUAUACCAAAGCGAGAGCCGGCCAGGAGUCCGGGGAGCGCGGCGGCGCGGCGAUUGGGCGGCGGGCCGCUGACGCGCGCUGACGCGCGGAGACUUUAGGUGCAUGUUGGCAGCGGCAGCGCGAGCCACAUAAACAAAGGCACAUUGGCGGCCAGGGCCAGUCCGCCCGGCGGCUCGCGCUAGGCUCCGCGGUCCCGCUCGCCUGCCCAGGCGGCCGCCUUCUCCUGCGCCCUCCCCGCUCUCGGCCACCAGGCUACCUUCGCCCCUCUCGCCCACCCCUUCCCGACCCUGCCACUCGGACUCCCAGAGGGAACUACACUUCGGCCGAGUUGAAUGAAUGAAGAAAUACGCGGAGAACUCCUAAGGAGGAGAUCCGACAGGCUGGACUCCCCACUGCCUUUCUAAAAAUCUUGGAAACCUUGUCCUUCGUUGAAUUACGACACUGUCCACCUUUAAUUUCCUCGAAAACGCCUGUAAUUCGGCUGAAGCCAUGCCUUGUGUUCAGGCGCAGUAUGGGUCCUCGCCUCAAGGAGCCAGCCCCGCUUCUCAGAGCUACAGUUACCACUCUUCGGGAGAAUACAGCUCCGAUUUCUUAACUCCAGAGUUUGUCAAGUUUAGCAUGGACCUCACCAACACUGAAAUCACUGCCACCACUUCUCUCCCCAGCUUCAGUACCUUUAUGGACAACUACAGCACAGGCUACGACGUCAAGCCACCUUGCUUGUACCAAAUGCCCCUGUCCGGACAGCAGUCCUCCAUUAAGGUAGAAGACAUUCAGAUGCACAACUACCAGCAACACAGCCACCUGCCCCCUCAGUCCGAGGAGAUGAUGCCGCACUCCGGGUCGGUUUACUACAAGCCCUCCUCACCCCCGACGCCCACCACCCCGGGCUUUCAAGUGCAGCACAGCCCCAUGUGGGAUGACCCAGGCUCCCUCCACAACUUCCAUCAGAACUACGUGGCCACCACGCACAUGAUCGAGCAGAGGAAAACGCCCGUCUCCCGCCUCUCCCUCUUCUCAUUUAAGCAGUCGCCCCCCGGCACCCCCGUGUCUAGCUGCCAGAUGCGCUUCGACGGGCCCCUGCACGUCCCCAUGAACCCGGAGCAGGCGGGCAGCCACCACGUGGUGGACGGGCAGACCUUCGCUGUGCCCAACCCCAUCCGAAAGCCCGCGUCCAUGGGCUUCCCAGGCCUGCAGAUCGGCCACGCGUCGCAGCUGCUGGACACGCAGGUGCCCUCGCCGCCGUCGCGGGGCUCUCCCUCCAACGAGGGGCUGUGCGCCGUGUGCGGCGACAACGCGGCCUGCCAGCACUAUGGCGUGCGCACCUGUGAGGGCUGCAAAGGUUUCUUCAAGCGCACGGUACAAAAAAACGCAAAAUACGUGUGUUUAGCAAAUAAAAACUGCCCAGUGGACAAGCGGCGCCGGAAUCGCUGUCAGUACUGCCGAUUUCAGAAGUGCCUGGCUGUUGGGAUGGUCAAAGAAGUGGUUCGCACGGACAGUUUAAAAGGCCGGAGAGGUCGCUUGCCCUCGAAACCGAAGAGCCCACAGGAGCCCUCUCCCCCCUCGCCCCCGGUGAGUCUGAUCAGUGCCCUCGUCAGGGCCCAUGUCGACUCCAACCCGGCUAUGACCAGCCUGGACUAUUCCAGGUUCCAGGCGAACCCUGACUAUCAGAUGAGUGGAGAUGACACCCAGCAUAUCCAGCAGUUCUAUGAUCUCCUGACUGGCUCCAUGGAGAUCAUCAGGGGCUGGGCCGAGAAGAUCCCGGGCUUCGCUGACCUGCCCAAAGCCGACCAAGACCUGCUUUUCGAGUCUGCUUUCUUAGAACUGUUUGUGCUGCGAUUAGCGUACAGGUCCAACCCAGUGGAGGGUAAACUCAUCUUUUGCAAUGGGGUGGUCUUGCACAGGUUGCAAUGCGUUCGUGGCUUUGGGGAAUGGAUUGAUUCCAUUGUUGAAUUCUCCUCCAACUUGCAGAAUAUGAACAUCGACAUUUCUGCCUUCUCCUGCAUUGCUGCCCUGGCUAUGGUCACAGAGAGACACGGGCUCAAGGAACCCAAGAGAGUGGAAGAACUGCAAAACAAGAUUGUAAAUUGUCUCAAAGACCAUGUGACUUUCAAUAAUGGGGGUUUGAACCGCCCCAACUAUUUGUCCAAACUGUUGGGGAAGCUCCCAGAACUUCGUACUCUUUGCACACAGGGGCUACAGCGCAUUUUCUACCUGAAACUAGAAGACUUGGUACCACCGCCAGCAAUAAUUGACAAACUUUUCCUGGACACUUUACCUUUCUAAGACCUUCUCCCAUGCACUUCAAAGGAACUGGAAAGAAACCUAAAACUAUCCAGAGGGGGCAAGUCACAAGGCAGAGAUAUCCCCAUGAGCUGUCUCAGCUCUAGCUGGCCCCCACCCCCUCCAUAAAACCCCAGCCCCUCGAUCCCUAAAGAAAACACAAACAAAAACAAAAACAAAAAAACAAAACAAAAACAACAAAAACUGUUGCUAUUUCUUAACCUGCAGGCAGAACUUGAAAGGGCAUUUUGGCUCCGGGGCAUCCUGGAUUUAGAACACGGACUACACACAAAUACAGUGGUAUAAACUUUUUAUUAUCAGUUUAAAAAUCAGUUUAUUGUUCAGAAGAAACAUUCCUAAUUUCUGAUGGGAAAUGUUUGGCCAUGUUUGGUUGUUGCCAUUAAGACAAAUGUAACACACACACGCACACACACACAUGCACACACACACACACACACACACCUCACACAUUGUAAGGGGACCCACAAGUAUUGCCCUUUAAAAGACUUCAAAGUUUUCUGCUGUAAAGAAAGCUGUAAUAUAUAGUAAAACUAAAUGUUGCGUGGGUGGCAUGAGUUGAAGAAGGGAAAGGCUUGUAAAUUUACCCAAUGCAGUUUGGCUUUUUAAAUUAUUUUGUGCCUAUUUAUGAAUACAUAUUACAAAUUCUAAAAGAUAAGUGUGUUUGCAAAAAAAAAAGAAAAAAGAAAAAAAGAACUACACACAAAAGGGACAAGCAUGUUGAUUCUAGGUCGAAGAUGUUAUAGGCACUUGCUAUUUCAGUAAUGUCUAUAUUAUAUAAAUAGUAUUUCAGACACUAUGUAGUCUGUUAGAUUUUAUAAAGAUUGGUAGUUAUCUGAGCUUAAACAUUUUCUCAAUUGUAAAAUAGGUGGGCACAAGUAUUACACAUCAGAAAAUCCUGACAAAAGGGACACAUAGUGUUUGUAACACCGUCCAACAUUCCUUGUUUGUAAGUGUUGUAUGUACUGUUGAUGUUGAUAAAAGAAAGUUUAUAUCUUGAUUAUUUUGUUGUCUAAAGCUAAACAAAACUUGCAUGCAGCAGCUUUUGACUGUUUCCAGAGUGCUUAUAAUAUACAUAACUCCCUGGAAAUUACUGAGCACUUUGAAUUUUUUUUGUUUUUUUUUUUAAUGUCUAAAAUUGUCAGUUAAUAUAUUAUUUUAUGUUUGAGUAAGAAUUUUAAUAAUGCCAUAUUCUGUAGUAUUUUUCUUUGUAUAUUUCCAGUAUGGCACAUGAUAUGGAGUCACUGCCUUUUUUUCUAUGGUGUAUGACAGUUAGAGACGCUGAUUUUUUUUUUCUGAUAAAUUCUUUCUUUGAGAAAGACAAUUUUAAUGUUUACAACAAUAAACUAUGUAAAUGAA